AUGGUCGACUUCCCCGAGAACGCCCAGCGUAGCUUUUUCUUUCUUUCGGACCAGGAAGCGCACGUCGCAACACACCGAAUUCAGGAUGAUCGAGCUGAUGUUAUACCCGAGCCGUUUUCCUGGGGCACGCUUCUUGCUAAUUUCAAGGAUCCGAAACUCUACGGCUUUGCGGUCAUGUUCUUCUUGCUCAAUCUCAUCUCGACAGCCUUGUCAUAUUUCUUACCCAUCAUCUUACAAUCCGGAAUGGGUUUCAGUUCAAAUAAAUCAAUUCUGCUCUCAACACCGCCCUACUAUUAUGCCGUAAUCCCGGUGAUUCUCACCUCAUUAGUCGGAGAUUUCUACCGCGUUCGUGGGCCACUGAUCAUCUUCAAUGCUCUUGUCCUCAUAGCCGGGUUCUUGAUGUUCGGUCUUCCCUCGUCCAACUCGGUGCCAGUGCGUUACAUCGGAACCUUUCUGGCGACCGGCGCUUAUAUCUCGAACUGGGCUGCCCUCAAUGCAUUCCAGGCCAAUAAUAUCGUGGGCCAGUGGAAACGAGUGGCCACUGCUGCGGCAGUCACUGCAUGCAACGGACUUGGGGGUGUGGCAGGCAGCUUUAUUGUCCGCCAGCAAGAAGCCCCGCACUAUCAGACCGCAGUUUGGGUGUCAGUCGGGUCCCACCUUCUUCUCAUUGCAAUCGUGGGUGCAUUCGCAGUUUACUUUUACACUGUCAAUCGGCAGCAAGGGCGGGGACUAAAGGUCCUUGAAGGUGUGCUUGCUAAAAGCAACGAUUGCAACACAAAAGGAGAUAUUUUGGGACCGGCAGAUUGA